AAAAAAAUUAAAGAACGAGGUGGAAAAAAUCGACGGAAUCAAUUAAAUCUUUGAUAAACGAUUCUUUCCUUCAUAUCAAUUAAUCAGGAUAAUCAGUUGCCUUUCUAUAAUGUCUGAUAUAGUAAGCAACCCGGCCAUCAAGGGUGCCGAGCUAUUGGUACCCAAAACAUUGAUAUUAAGACCUUGGGUAUGGCCAUUUGCCAUUAUAUAUCCAAUUUUCACCAAUAUCUAUAUGAAUCAUUAUGAUACAUAUAUUGUUGGAUCUGAAUGGACCUUUGUUUAUUUGUUAACUAUUCUUUCUGUUAAUUUAUUGUUUUGGUUAAUGCCCCAUUGGAAUAUAAAUAUUGAUGCUAGAUUCAAUUACAGUCCAGUUAAAAGUAUUGCCGAAGCAUCACAUAUUAAAAUUACUCCAGCACCAAAUUCAGGUAUUGGAGAAAUUUGUGAAAUUGUUAGAGAAGUUUUCCAUGAUGGUGAAAAACAAGUUAGUUUCUUAUACCAAAAGAGACGUCAUUUAUUCCAUCCUGAAUUAGCUAAAUUUUCUCCACCAGAGUUUAAAUUUAAUGAAUUGCCUCCUUUGGGUUACUUUCAAAAAUCAACUGGAUUGUCUGGUGAUUUAGAAAAAUGGAAAAGAAAUUAUGGUGAAAAUAAAUUUGAUAUUCCUCUUCCUACAUUUUUGGAAUUGUUUAAAGAACAUGCUGUUGCUCCAUUUUUCGUUUUUCAACUUUUCUCUGUUGCCUUAUGGUGCAUGGAUGAACAAUGGUACUACUCUCUCUUUUCUCUUUUCAUGUUGGUUUCCUUUGAAAUGACUACUGUGUUCCAAAGAAGAACAACCAUGGCUGAAUUCCAAAGUAUGGGUAUUAAACCUUAUACUAUUUAUGUUUAUAGAGAUAAAAAAUGGAAACAAAUUGAAACCAAUGACUUGCUACCAGGUGAUAUAGUAUCUAUUACUAGAACUCAAGAUGAUAGUGCUAUCCCUUGUGAUUUGUUAUUGCUUGAUGGUUCUGCAAUCGUUAAUGAAGCAAUGUUGUCUGGUGAAUCUACUCCUUUAUUGAAAGAAUCGAUCAAAUUAAGACCAAGUGAUGAAAAUUUGCAACCAGAAGGUCUUGAUAAAAAUUCUUUAUUACAUGGUGGUACUAUGGCUUUGCAAGUUACUAAACCUGAAAAUCCAAUUAUCCCAGUUGCCCCUGAUCAUGGUGCUUUAGCUUUUGUUGCUAAAACUGGGUUUGAAACUUCUCAAGGUUCUUUGGUUAGAAUGAUGAUUUUCUCAAGUGAAAGAGUUUCAGUUGGUAAUAAAGAAGCCUUUUUCUUUAUCUUGUUCUUACUUAUCUUUGCUAUUGCUGCUUCUUGGUAUGUUUGGGUUGAAGGUACUAAAAUGGGUAGAAUUCAAUCCAAAUUAAUCUUGGACUGUAUUAUUAUUCUUACCUCUGUUGUUCCUCCUGAAUUACCAAUGGAAUUGACCAUGGCUGUCAACACUUCUUUAUCUGCUUUACAAAAACACUUUGUUUAUUGUACUGAACCGUUUAGAAUCCCAUUGGCCGGUAGACUUGAUGUUUGUUGUUUCGAUAAAACUGGUACUUUAACCGCUGAAGAUUUGGUCUUUGAAGGUUUAGCUGGUUUCAAAAAUGAUAAUAUCCAUCAUUUAUUCAAUUGUUCUGAAGCUCCAAAGACUACUUCUUAUGUUUUAGGUUCCGCCCACGCUUUAGUCAAAUUAGAUGACGGUGAUGUUGUUGGUGACCCAAUGGAACAAGCAACCUUAAAGGCUGCUAAUUGGACUGUUGGUAAUCAUGACACUGUUGAAAGAUCCUUGGAUUCUGGUAAAACCGAAAAAAUUAAGAUUUUACGUCGUUUCCAAUUCUCUUCUGCUUUGAAAAGAUCUUCUGCUAUCACUUCUAUUAAUACCUUACCAAAUAAGCAUUUUGUUGCUGCUAAAGGUGCCCCUGAAACAAUCCGUACUAUGUUGGUAGAUGCUCCUGAAAAUUAUGAAGAAAUUUAUAAAUCUUUUACUAAAUCUGGUAGUCGUGUUUUGGCUUUGGCUUAUAAAACUUUGGAUACUGGCAUUAGUGUAACUAAAGUAAAGAGAAAUGAAAUUGAAUCUAAAUUGAACUUUGCUGGUUUUAUUGUUUUCCAUUGUCCAUUGAAACCUGAUGCUGUUGAAACUAUUAAAAUGUUGAAUGAAUCAUCCCAUCGUUCAGUCAUGAUUACUGGUGAUAAUCCAUUAACUGCCUGUCAUGUUGCUAAAGAAGUUGCUAUUACUACUAAAGAUGUUUUGAUAUUGGAUGCUCCAGAAGAUCAUCAUGAAGUUGAUGAGGAACAAAAUUUGGUCUGGAGAAAUGUCGAAGAAACCGUUGUUAUUCCUUUUAAGAGUACUGACAAUAUUGAUGUCGAAUUGUUCAAAAAACAUGAUAUCUGUAUUACUGGUUAUGCUUUAAAUCAUUUGAGUGAACACCAUCAAAUCUUGGAUUUAUUGAAACAUACUUGGGUUUAUGCUAGAGUUUCACCUGCUCAAAAAGAAUUUAUUUUGACUUCCUUGAAAGAUGCUGGUUAUAACACCUUAAUGUGUGGUGAUGGUACUAAUGACGUUGGUGCUUUAAAACAAGCCCAUAUUGGUGUUGCUUUAUUGAAUGGUACUGAAGAAGGUAUGAAGAAAAUUGCUGAAAAUAGAAAAAUUGAAGCUACUAAAACUAUUUAUGAAAAACAAGUUGCAUUAUUUGCAAACUGGGGUAAACCUGCCCCACCAGUUCCGCCAAUUAUUGCUCACUUAUAUCCACCAGGUCCAAGUAAUCCAAAAUAUUUAGAAGCUAUGGAAAAGAAGGGUGUUGAAAUAACCCCAGAAUUAAGACAAACUGUUGAAUUGGCUAACAAACAUGGUUCAACUAUUACACAACCAACUGGAGGUAAUCCAAAUGCCAAUAAUAUUGCUGAUAGCUUCUUGGGUGCAUUAAAUGAUGCCGAAGCUGAAGAUGAAGUUCCAACUUUGAAAUUAGGAGAUGCAUCAGUUGCCGCACCAUUCACAUCUAAAUUAUCAUCUGUUUCAACUGUUACCCAUAUCGUUCGUCAAGGUCGUUGUGCUUUAGUUUCCACUAUUCAAAUGUAUAAGAUUUUAGCAUUGAAUUGUUUGAUUUCUGCAUAUUCCUUAUCAGUUUUAUAUUUAGCCGGUAUUAAAUUUGGUGAUGGUCAAUCUACUAUUUCAGGUAUCUUAUUAUCGGUUUGUUUCUUGAGUAUUUCUCGUGCUAAACCAUUAGAGAAAUUAUCUAAGGAAAGACCUCAAGAUGGUAUUUUCAAUUUCUAUAUUAUGGGAUCAAUUUUAGGUCAAUUUGCAAUCCAUAUUAUUACUUUGAUUUAUAUUACCAAUGAAAUUUACAUAUUAGAACCAAGAGAACCUCAAGUUGAUUUAGAAAAGACUUUUAGUCCAUCAUUGUUGAACACCGGUAUGUUUUUAUUACAAUUGGCUCAACAGGUUUCUACAUUUGCUGUCAACUACCAAGGAUUGCCAUUCAGAGAAAGUAUCAAGGACAAUAAAGGUAUGUACUAUGGUUUAUUAGGAGUUGCUGGUUUAGCAUUAUCUGGGUCAACUGAGUUUUUCCCAGAGUUGAACGAACAAAUGCAAUUCGUUCCAAUGGAUACAGUCUUCAAGACCAAGUUGACUGGUUGUAUUUUACUUGACUUGGGUGCAACCUGGGCUAUUGAAAUUGUAUUAAAAUACUUUUUCAUGAACUCAGCUCCUGCUGAUAUUGCUUUAAGAGAUGAUUAGUUAGGGUCUCUCUGUGUUUUUUUAUCGUUUUUUUUUAUAGAUCUCGUAUCCUCCU